AGGCAAGAAGGCAGCAUCGUGCUCUGAAAAGAAGUCUUUAAAUCCAAAGUACGAGGAUGCAGAGUACACACUCUACCCUUUCCCAACAAACAAGGACGUAUCCCUCCGCGUCUAUUGCCACGACAUGGCAUCAGGGAGCCCGAAAGAGUUCCUGACUCUACCAUCCGGUCCUGAUCAGAACUACGCUAUUGUCUUUGCUAAUCGACUGGCUGACGGCUGGCGAUGUACAGGCGCAUUACAGGACCCGUAUGCCUCCCGUGCCGGGACCACGAAGUUCAGCAAGCUCAGAAUCAAGUUUGAGAAUUCCAGGGUCGAGGUUAUCCGAGAUGACUACACCUUUGCCAGAACGAAUGGGCCCAACAAAGUAGACUACGGGCACGCUGGCGACUGUUACUCGUGGAAACAGGGAUGCGCUAAAGGCACGUUCAAGGUGGAUCUGACUGGGACGGAACUCGUGCUGGCACCUGAUGUCCACUGGGUCAUGGAGGAGCGCUGGCCGGAGUCUCUGACCAUCCACGACAUGUCCAUCUCCAAGGAUAGGAAGGUUGCCUCUGCCCGAUGUGGGGGAUGGUGUGGACACUGCUGGCCUGCCGGAAAGAAAAUGCAUCUGAUGCACCCGCAGUGCCACAAGGCAGCAUCGUGCUCUGAAGUGAAGUCUCUAAACCCCGAGGCCGACGAUGGAGAGUACACACUCUACCCUUUCGCAACGGAGAAGGACGUAUCCCUCCGCGUCUAUUGCCACGACAUGGCAUCAGGGAGCCCGAAAGAGUUCCUGACUCUACCAUCCGGUCCUGAUGAGAACUACGCCAUUGUCUUUGCCGAUAGAAUGGCUGACGGCGGGCGAUGUACUGGCGCAUUACAGGUGAAUGGCACAUUUGAUAGAAACUCCAAGCUACUCAGCAUCAACCUUCAAGUUGAAUUAUAUGUUAGAAUAUGUCCAUGA